UUUGCUAGACAUCCAGCAGCAUUUUGGUGUCAAGGACAGUGGCGCUGGCUUGCUACAAACAGUCUUCAUCUGUAGCUUCAUGGUGGCAGCUCCCAUAUUUGGCUACCUGGGCGACAGAUUCAACAGGAAGAUAAUUCUCAGCUGUGGGAUCUUCUUCUGGUCGGCCAUCACCUUCUCCAGCUCCUUCAUCACCCAAAAGUAUUUCUGGCUGUUUGUCCUCUCGCGAGGCUUGGUCGGCAUCGGUGAGGCCAGUUACUCCACCAUUGCUCCCACCAUCAUCGGCGAUCUCUUCACCAAAAACACCCGGACGCUCAUGUUGUCGGUCUUCUACUUUGCAAUCCCUCUGGGCAGCGGUUUAGGAUACAUCACUGGUUCGAGUGUCAAGCAAGUGGCUGGCGACUGGCAUUGGGCCCUCCGGGUCUCUCCCCUUUUAGGCAUGAUCACUGGGACGCUCAUCUUGAUCUUUGUUCCAGCAGCGAAGAGAGGCAACGCUGAGCAACUGGGGGCACAGCUGAAGGCUCGGACCUCGUGGCUGAGAGACAUGAAGGCCUUGAUAAGAAAUCGCAGCUACGUCUUCUCCUCCCUGGCUACCUCUGCCGUCUCAUUCGCUACGGGGGCCCUGGGCAUGUGGAUCCCCCUUUACCUCCAUCGGGCCCAGGUUGUCCAGAAGACAGCAGAAACUUGCACAGUCCAGCCCUGCGGGACCAAGGACAGCUUGAUCUUCGGAGCCAUCACCUGCUUCACUGGAUUCCUGGGUGUGAUCACAGGGGCCGGGGCGACCAAAUGGUGCCGGUUGAAAACUCAGCGCGCCGAUCCGCUUGUGUGCGCCGUUGGGAUGCUGGGCUCGGCCAUCUUCACUUGCCUGAUCUUUGUGGCAGCCAAGAGCAGCAUUGUGGGAGCUUACGUCUGCAUUUUUAUUGGCGAAACUCUCUUGUUUUCCAAUUGGGCCAUCACUGCCGACAUCCUGAUGUAUGUGGUCAUUCCUACCCGCCGGGCGACAGCAGUUGCGUUGCAGAGUUUCACGUCACACCUUCUGGGAGAUGCUGGGAGUCCCUACCUGGUUGGCUUUAUCUCGGACGUGAUACGACAGAGUACAAAGGAGUCCGUGCUCUGGGAAUUCCUCAGCCUCGGCUAUGCGCUCAUGUUGUGCCCUUUUGUCGUCGUCCUGGGGGGCAUGUUUUUCCUUGCGACGGCACUCUUCUUCCUCAGCGACCGAGCCAAAGCCGAACAACAUGAUGACAGUGGAACAGGAGAGGAGGGCUUACACAGCGGAGAGACGCCAAGCGCCCCUAGUCCGACCGCCAUCCAAAAAGCAGAGCAGGGUGAACCAACUUAUGAUGCCUCCAGCCUCUGUGAAAGUCUAAGCCUAGCUGACAUCUUGGGUGAUGAAGGAAACCUUUUGUGAGCAUCGGCUGCCGAGAAACCCCGAAACAAGCACCCAUGGCAGGAAGCCUCUCUAUCCCACCCUCCCUUCGCGCCUGGAAGAUGAAGCAAAAUCUAUACAUUAAGCCAGGAUGAGGCCUUGGCAUAGUUGGGGUUCCUCUGGGCUGCAAUUGUCGCCUGAAGAAGAAAGCGUCCCUUAGAGGCACCUCUCCGAGUGGAAAAGCCUUGGACACAGCGGAGUAGACGACUUGGCUUUGGGCCGAUGGAAAUGGUCGCUUUGGCCAAAGGAGUGAAUGUCCGACCAUGCCUGACUUGACCCUCCUCUUUUGCCACGAGGCGAAACGUUAUCCCGGUCAGAGAAGGAAAGUUUGGCCUUCUGUUUGCAGAAACUGAGAUGAUCAUAUUAUUAUUAUUAUUAUUAUUAUUAUUAUUAUUAUUAUUAUUAUUAUUAUUAUUAUGUUGAUCUGCAGAAGCCAAAAAGAUUGAACUGGUUGGAGAUAGCGAUAUAUACGGUUGGCCCUCCAUGUUUACUGCUUUGACUUUGGCGGAUUUGAUUAUCUGUGGUUUGGGUUUGUAUGUCCUCUCUAGGAAUCUCUUAAGCCCUUCAGCCCAAUUCUGCUGGAAGCUGACCAUAGAGUUGAACUGGAGGACUUGGAGGUUACUACAGAAACCACUUCUCUAGGCUCUCCAGCAUGACUGCCGUCUGGAGGACCUGGAGAUCCCUAGAGGAAAUACUUCUCCAGGCAUCUUUAGGUCCUUCUAGCAUGAUUCUAUGAUCAACCUCUGGCAGAUGUUGACCAUGGAGUUGCACUGGAGGACCUGGAAGUUCCUAGAGAAAGCACUUCUGUAGACAUUUGUAGGUCCUCCAGCAUGAAUCUAUGAUCAACCUCUGGCGGAUGUUGACCAUGGAGUUGCACUGGAGGACCUGGGGAUUCCUAGAGAAGUGUUCUCUUAGAUAGAAAGAAUAGUGUAUUUAUUAUUUGCCGUUUUACCAAAUUCAUGCGGGUGCUUCAACCCCUAACCCCAGAGAAUGUGGAGGGACCACUGCAUGUGCCCAAGACCGUGCGCUAACCCCAAAAUCUCACCUUUUAAGUAUGGGAGGCCACCCACCCUACCCAAAAUACCAUUUUUGUGUAGUCUGAGAGCGGGUGGAUCAGUGAGGAGGCAUCCAGUUGGAGGCAAUAUGGCAAGCAUCACCAGAGACUUCCAGAGAUCCUCAGAAGGUCCCUUGCAGCGCAUCCAACUCCAGGAAACAGCUGGUUGCAGCCCUACUGAUCUCCAUGCUCUCUGACAUCAUGGGAAGAGACGUGUUCGGAGUGGUCACACUGCUUACAAGGUGGGUUUGGGGGGCACUUUUUGUUGCUCGAUAAUGGAAAAAAAAUUUGACCGCCACAAUUGCCAAAAUAGAGUCACAGUGGCGCACAUCGGAGUUAUAUCCUCUUAAUUCACCGACAGGGAUGCUGGCCCCAUAUGUUUAAUGUAAGGAAUUUAUUUUUUAUGAUUGUGAUUUUUGCACUAGCAGUUCGCUCCCGGAACUACCUCAGACUCACCGCUGGGUUUGUUCUUGAACCAGCAUGAAGUAGGCGUUUGGACUUGAUACUAGGGUGUCAUUUUGAGCAUCCCAAGGGAUAGAAAGAAGUAGCGGUGACAGGGAUGACAGGGAUGGCUUUGGUGUAGGCCAGUUGUGGUCCUCCAAGGUAGGAAGGUGGUUGGCGAGAGUGCCCACUUUCAGCAGCAAUGCCCUCCCAGUUCUAUGCACCACGCAAAGAAUUAUGAGGUUGCAGCUGCUUCCACGAGGAAUGGCCUGAACACUUUUUUUCUUGGCGCACUGAUGUGCUUUGCUGCUAUUGUGGGUUUCGAGACAGCUGUUUUGAGAAGAUGGAUGCCAGUGACCUCUUCAGUUCUGGCUGGUGGGCAAAUAGCUAUGGCAAGGCCUCCUCAGAUCUGGAGUCCAAAAGUGGUGCCCACUGUUUCCUUUCCACCUCCUUCGCGUUCUCCUUCAUCUUCCUCAGGAAGAUGCCAUCCGUAACGCAAAGCCGUGCAGCAAACGUUCCUGUUUCGCAAACUGUCCCCAAACUUGGAUCCGUGAUCCCGAGACAAAAUCAAAAGAGAGAAAUAUAAAUCUCGAGACAUGUAUAGAAUCAAAGAUGGAGAGGAAAUGCAAGACGCAGGGAUUGGAAGGGGCUGUAGAUAUCUGCCGUCCCUCUCGAUUUAAGAGGUAAAAAGUACGCCGCAGAAGGUGCGCUUCCCUGCAUCUUGACGUAAGGUUAAACGGUUGAACCCGGGGUUGGGGAGGUAGUAUCGAUGCUACUUUGGUGCCACCUUUUCGGCGUCGGUCGGUCCCGGGCUCCGUGCUUCCGGUAAAGAGACCCUCGAACCUGCCUGAGAGGGACAGAAGCGUGAUGUACAUUGUUUUUUCUUGUUAUACAAGGCGCAAGACUCAAAAAGUCGUUUUCUGAUUUUCUUUCAGAAGCAAAAAAGACUAUAAAGGACUAUUUUAUUUUUUAAGAUAAAAAAGAGCAAUGAAAAUGAUGACGGAUCUCAAGAGUAUAAGAAAAAAUAGUCAAAUAUAUAUAUAUAAAUAUAUAAAUAUAAAUAUAUAUCUAUAUAUAGACGUAUACCUAUGAGGUUAUGUAAAUUAAGAAAUAAAGUAUUUAAACUCGUUUCUUUC